AUCCACACUUUUCUGGACUGAAGUUGAGAAUACGCUACCUUCAUUUCAAGGGAUACUACACCAAAAUGGCUGCCAAUAAGGCAUCAAUAGGUGCGAAGACGGUCCUUCCUGUCGGUCACACACAGAAGACAGAAGACAUUCUAGGAAUUACAGUUACAAAGGAGGGCGACUUCUCAUCAUGGUAUCAAGAGGUGGUUCUGAAGUCGGAGAUGAUUGAAUACUACACUGAGAUCUCAGGCUUCUUCAUUAUGCGCCCAAGAUCAAUGUUCAUAUGGGGCGUUAUUCAAAAAUGGUUGACAGAAAAGAUAGAGGAUAUGGGUGUACAAGAAGCUAGCUUCCCUAUGUUCCUAUCAGAAGCAUCCUUGAAGAAAGAGAAGGACCACGUUGAGGGCUUCGCUCCCGAGCUUGCAUGGGUUACAAAGGCUGGUGAAAAAGCCCUUGAAGUUCCAGUUGCAGUCCGCCCAACAAGUGAAGCAGUAAUGUAUCCUUACUACGCAAAAUGGAUUCGAAGCCAUCGCGACCUUCCCUUCCGCCUUAAUCAAUGGAACAGCGUCGUGCGAUGGGAAGCGACGCAAACAACGCCUUUCUUACGCGCGAGAGAAUUCCUCUGGCAAGAAGGCCAUACGGCACACCUGACAGAAGAUCUUGCGGGUGAAGAAGUUUUACACAUCCUCGAACUUUACGCUGGCGUCUACGAAAAGCUGCUGGCUGUCCCAGUUGUCCGGGGUCGUAAGACUGAGAAGGAGAAGUUUGCCGGUGGUUAUUACACGACCACUGUGGAAGGUUAUAUCCCAUCAAAUGGCCGUGGUGUUCAAGGUGGUACUUCACAUUGUCUCGGCCAGAACUUCAGCAAGAUGUUCGACAUCAAAGUUGAAGAUCCAACUCCUAAGACUGAGGAGAACCCAGGCCAUAUCUACGUCUGGCAGAACUCGUGGGGCCUAUCCACACGCGUCAUUGGUGUUAUGGUAAUGAUUCAUGGAGAUGACAAAGGUCUUGUGCUUCCUCCACGUGUUGCGCAAGAUCAAGUCAUCAUAAUUCCUGUUGGCAUCAAGAAGAGCACUACCCCCGAAGAAAAGAGGCGCCAUUAUGAUGAGCUGCACAGCAUGAAGACUGCGCUCAAGAAAACAGGUAUUCGUGCCAACUAUGAUGUUCGGGAGGGGUACACUCCGGCAUGGAAGUUUAACGAUCACGAACUUAAGGGUGUGCCUCUCCGGUUAGAAUAUGGACCUAAGGAUGCCGCUAAGAGUGUGGUAAGCUACACGCGACGAGAUACUGGUGAAAAGGGUACAAUUGCGAUUUCCGAUCUUGCUUCAUCUGUUGGCGACCUCCUCGAGACUAUCCAAAGCGACAUGUACACCAAAGCGGAAUCUGCAUUCCUUUCUCAUCGGAAGGUCAUCACCCACUGGAACGAGGUGGUCCCAGCAUUAGAUGCGAAGAACGUGGUUCUCAUGCCAUUCUGUCUUGCAGAGAAGUGUGAGGAUAAGAUCAAGGACUUAACUAGUCGUGAAGAUACUGCAGCUGAUGGUCUAGCGGAGAAGAAGGCCCCGAGAAUGGGCAUGAAGAGUUUGUGCAUUCCAUUCGAGCAGCCUGGGGGAAUUGUGAAGGGCGAGACGAAGUGUUUGAAUCCAGAGUGUGGUGAGUUCGCGGAAGAAUGGUGCAUGUUCGGAAGGAGCUAUUGAGCAAAGCAAGAUAAAUGUAGGUCAAUAAAUUAUGUAGCGAGAAUGAAAGGUACAGUGGCC